AUGCUAAUUAAACUUAAUCCCCUAUGGCUCUCCUGCCUCUCCGCCUCCUUCCGCACCGCCCUAGCCUGCGCCAUAGUCGCCGCCGCCACCCUCUUCGGCCCCUCCGCCCUCCGCCGCCAAGUCGCCUUCCCGGCCUUCUCUUACGUAACAGUCAUUCUCAUAGUAACCGGCGCCUCCCUCGGCGACGCAUUUCGUGGCUGCUGGGACGCCGUUUGUGCUACUUUCUUGACUGUGAUUCCGGCCAUCUUAGGGCUUUGGGCGAUAGGACCAUCACGGUUGACGACGGCGCUUACUUCGACGGUGGUUGCCGUGGCGGCGUUUGUGGUGAUGCUGCCGGAUCAUCGGACUCAUUUGGUGUCGAAGAGAAUAGCACUGGGACAAAUUGUGAUCAUCUACGUGGUGGCGUAUGAUAUGGGUGGUGAGACUGAUCCGGUCAUGCAUCCGGUACACGUGGCGGCCAGCACCGCCAUCGGGGUUUUGGCCUGUGUUCUUGCUUUAUUGCUGCCAUAUCCAAGUCUGGCUACGUGUCAGGUGAAGAAGAAGUGCAAGCUUUAUGUAGAUAAUGCCUCAGAGAGACUAAAACUGUGUGUGAAGGCAUUUUGUGCACAAGACAAUAUAAGUGCUCAAGCAUUUGCCUCACAAGCCAACUCCCUAUCCAUUAAUGGAACCAAACUCCUAAAUGCCAUCAACUCCAAGAAAGAAAGCAUGAAAUGGGAAACACUUCCAAUCGAGUUCUUGAAACCCUACUGCAUGAAUACAGCAGAAAAGCUGCAAGCUGUGGAGAUACCUGUAAAAGGCCUGCAGAUUGCUUUGCAUCAUCUUCAUUCAUUCCCACCUCAAAUCCUUGAUCAUGAUCUAAAGGAUAGCUUGCAUAAGCUUCAAGAAAACAUAACCCUAACCUUUGACCAACUCAAGUCCUGCAUGCCUUCUGAUCAUUUGGCAACUUUUCCCGAGUCAAAUCUUGAAAAUCUAAUGCUUCCCCUCCAUUCUUUUCCUCAAACCCACAAAGAUUUGCCCUCUUUUUUCUUCUUAUUUUGUUCCAAAUUGCUUCAAAAAAAGAUGACAGAAAGUUCAUCGGCAAACCCUUUGUCAUCAAGGGAUGAACGGAAUAAAAAGAAUCCAGAAUGGAAUCUGUCUGAAUGGAUCAGCACCUUUGUGAGGCAUAGAAGGUUCAUGCUAGCAUUGAAAUGUUCAUUAUCAGUAGGUUUUGCUGUUCUGUUUGGACUAAUCUACAGCAAGCAAAAUGGGAUAUGGUCUGGCCUGCCUGUAGCAAUAAGUUUUGCAGCUUCGAGAGAAGCCGCAUUUAGGGUUUCAAAUCUCAAAGCUCAAGGCACUGUGUUAGGAACUGUGUAUGGAGUGUUGGGCUGCUUUGUUCUUGAGAAGUUUGUUAAAGUAAGGUUCUUGAUUCUUCUUCCAUGGUUCAUAUUCUGUAGCCUGAUUAGGCGAAGCCGUAUGUACGGUCCAGCCGGUGGGGUGUCGGCUGUAAUCGGGGCUGUCCUAGUUCUGGGCAGGGAGAAUUUCGGGUCACCAACGGAGUUUGCAAUCAUCAGAAUUGUGGAAGCAUUCAUCGGAUUAUCUUGUUCAAUUGUUGUCGAACUCGUGUUCCAACCUACUAGAGCUUCAACUCUAGCCAAGAUCCAACUCUCGAAGACCCUUCAAGUUUUGCACGAGUGUGUAUGCGCGGUGAGCCUUGGCAGCGGCAGCAAAGAUUGCAUCGGAAAUGGUCGAAACAAGCUCAAAGCUAAUGUGAAUGAGCUAAGGAAGUUCAUUCAGGAGGCUGAAAUGGAACCCAACUUUUGGUUUUUGCCCUUCAAUGGUGUCUGUUACAAUAAGCUUUUAAAGACACUAUCAAACAUGGAGGCUCUUUUGGUCUUUAUGAACCAUGCAAAUGAAUCUUUAGAACAAGAAUCAAGGCAAAUGGGAAGAACCAUGAGUUUCAAGAUUCUUGAAGGUGAUGUUGAGCUCUUUAAGGAAAUGAUCCACCCUUCAAUCAAGUGUUUUGAGAGGGUUAUUUUGGUCAAAUCACUAAACAAGCUUGACAAGGAUCUUCAAAAGAGUGGCCCCUCUAGUGAUAUUGAAUUGGGGAAGUUACCAUAUAGCCCUCAAAAGCUCAAUGUGCAUAGUGAGGAUGAGAUGGGCAAGAUGGUAAAUUCAUAUCUAGAAAGAUCAAAGGAAUUUGUUGUUGGAGAAGGGUGUGAGGAGGUGAAGGGGCAUGAAUUGGUGUUGAGUUUAAGUGCUUUUGCAUUUUGCUUAAGAGGGUUAGUGAGGGAUACCAAAGAGAUUGAGAAAGGGGUUAUGGAACUUUUGCAAUGGGAGAAUCCUUCAAGUCAUGUAAAUUUGUAUGAAAUUUCUUGCAAGAUUCAUGCUAUAUGCGAUAUUUGAUG